AUGGACUAAAGUAAAAAAGGCAGAUAGUUCAGAUAUGGUAGAUAUCACUUAGGCAGUGUAGACUUCACAUAAAAGAAAUAUUCAUUUCAGCCAGAGCCACCUAAUGUCAAUAGCACUGUUUACAGAAAUAUAAAAAAGACAAGUUUGAGACAAAUAGUAGUGCAAAAGAAUAAAUUAAAUGACACUCACGUGGACCUGAGUAUAACUAUCCUAGACAAUGAGGAUAACGAAUCUCCAAUAAAUAAUCAGUCUGUGUGGUAAACAACCAAGCAGAAUAUCAAAAAUAGUAAAAAUGCCUCUUUGGUAUAAACCAAUGGAUUAACUUCACCUUUGCCUGAAAUUCAAAAGAAGUCAUUUGUUGAUGUGACUUCAGCAUAUGACUCAACAAGAAUGCAUAACUUUAAUCAUUAUGGGUAGUAUCAAAAUAUUAUAGAAAAGAUUAAAGAGAAAAAGAAAAAACUUACUUUACAUCAUCAUACAUUCUCAAAGCGUAAAAGCUUUGAAGAUUAAAGAAUUUUCAACCUCAAGGUAAUUUUUUUCAGUUUAUUUUACAAAUAAUAGAGUUUAUCAAAUUCCCCAGCUCCAGGUUAUUAUUAAUGGGACAAAUCUUAGGAUAUGACUCUUCCAAUCUAAAGUUCGAUGAUAGAUUUUUCAAAGCAAAUAGAUCGAGCUAAAAAUGACAUCUUUGUAACUGAUAAAUAAAUGGACCUACCCUACAAAUAGCAACUAGGACUUAGUAUUGAUUUGGAGAAAAACAACUCUUUAAUUUAAAAUGUAAAGACUGGUGUUGCUUUUGAUAAAGUUAUUGAAAGAGAUAAAGUAAGUUACAUGAAGAAUAUUGGAAGAAAUAUGACUGAGAGUGAAAAGUAAUAGAUGAUAAACAAAUUGGACCGAGAGUAUAAAGUACUAUCUAACCUAUCUUAAUUUGAAGAUAAACAUCAGAGAGACCAUACAAAGGAUCAUCUUUACGAUAUUAAGCAAAAGAAAAGUCUGAUUGAAUUACUUCCUAAUUUAGAUCAUACUUAAGAUCAGAGUAAAAAUGUAAGAAAAAACAUUAAAAAAUUCUUGAGAAAUACUUAUAAGAUGACAGAAGCAAUUUUAAAAAAGACCACAUAUUUCAAUUCUAAAAAUAAAAAUUGA